AUGGCUCGCAUUGCUGAUGCACUCUUCAUUGGGUUUGGUCUGCGACCCGAGUGGGAUCCAAAAAAACCUCUUUGCACCUCUGAUAUCACAGUUGAUGUCGUGACGACACGGCAGUUUGAGCAGGUUCCUCACUUCAAGUGCAUCGCCGAACGACUACGAGAAACAUUCAUCCAGGAAAUUGCCAUGCUUCACAUCUGGCAUCUUCAAGACAAGUUGAAUAAGGUCGCACCUGGACCAGGGUAUCGUGUUGACCCAGAGACUUGUCGGGCAAUAACCAGAAAUAUUCAGCUCACCGCAGGUCAAUCCCUCCCCAAUGUCGCUCCCCAUGCUGCCCAGCGAUCACCAGUCACACUAACUCCCACUCGGCAUCACUCACAGUCUGAGUCACAGUCACCACGCAAUGCUUUGACACCUUCCACAGCAAGAUCUCAGCGUGUUGUUGAGCCUCGCACGUCUCACACAUCUCCUCGCACAUCUCGCAUAUCUCCUCGCACGUCUCACACAUCUCCUCGCACGUCUCACACAUCUCCUAGCACCCAUGCACGCCAGCCAAUAUCUCCCAGUCUUCCAAUGCAGCACCGUAGCAAAAGCCUACGGUAUGGCCAAUAUAAUACUGCUAUGACUCGUGGAACAGCAAAUUCAUGGGUGCCACUCGUAGCACCAGCAACCGUAUUUGUGCCUACAUCUACACCCCCAUCAUCAUCUUCACGCACUCUUCAACAUCGCAGUCCUGUUGUCACUGUUUUCGAAUCCAGCUCGGAUGAUAGCUCUGAUGAUUCUGAUAUUGCUGCUGCUGCUCCGCCUGCUCCACCUGCUCCACCUGCUCCGAGUCUUAGCUGUUCUAACCGCCCAUCUUGGAUUACGACUCCACCAGGGUCACCGUAUGGAAAUACUGCCGAUGAACAACCCCCGCCAGCUUACUACACUAAUCCCGAUCUGUCAUCCUUCAACUUCACGUUACCGGUACAAAACUUUCUUUGCACACACAUUGUGUCACCAAGCAUGCUGUGCUCAAUUGACACUAUUCUUGAUUACAGUGCUGACUGUUGGUAUUCUCGUUUUGUGGAGGUUGGAUUGAGUCGCGCGGAUGCAAUCGAACUGCGUAGGCUAAUCGUAGAAGGACUUUCUAACGCAGAGCUUGAUGUCGUUCUCAUUGGUCAAUUGUAA